CAUCCGAGGAGCCACCAGCCAGGGGAGGGGUGGCCACAGCAGCGAGUGACAGCCAGUCCACAUGGCUGGGGACACCGGGGUGGCCGGGAAGGUGGCCCUGCUCCUGUGGGCCCAGACCCUCGGCCUCGCUGGCACCCAGACCACCCAGAUCCUUGUGGAACCCCCCUGGAGGCCACCAGUGCUGUGGGACCGGGUGACACUGACCUGCCAGGGCUUGGGGACCGCCGGUGCCACCACCUGGUACAAGGACGGGCAGCGCUGGUGGCAGGAGAGACACGACCGCCUCAAUGUCACAGAGAGUGGCAUCUACACAUGUGACAGACCUGGCAGUGGGCUCAGCCCCCCUGUGACAGUCUUAGAUGAUGAUCUGGUGCUGCAGGUGCCAGCACGGGCGCUGCUGGAGGGGGACACGGUGACACUGCGCUGCCGGGGCCGGUGGAACAGCCCGGUCACCAAGGUGCGAUUUUUCAAGGAUGAGAAUAAUCUGACGAGGUCCCUGAAUGCGACCGAGCUGUCCCUGUCCCCCCUCCAGCUGAACCACAGUGGCAGCUACCGCUGCAAGGGCUGGGUGAGGUCCUGGCCGUCAGGCUCAGCAGCAGUGACAGUGACAGUGCACGUGCCUGUGGCCAAUGCCACCAUCACCCCUGGUCCCCUGUCACACCAGGUGCAGGCAGGUGACCCUGUGACCCUGCACUGCUUAGUGCAGGUGGGCUCAGCCCCUGUCACCUUCACCUGGCUGCACAACGGGCAGGAGGUGGCUCGGGGUCCCCUUCUGGAGUUCAGGGCCACCACUGUGGGACAUUCAGGCACCUACCAGUGCAUGGCCACCAACCAGGCAGACGAGCAUCACGUGUUCCGGGCACUCAGCCCAGAGCUGGCCCUGGAGGUGACACCGCGGGACACAGGGACACACAGAGACACAGUGGCUGCAGGGGUCGGUGGGGCCCUUUUGUUCCUGCUCCUGCUCGUGGGUGUCAUUGUGGCCUGGCACCGGUGGCACUGUGUGGCUGCCAGGAAGAAUCAGGAAAGGGCCCCCCCAGAUCCCCCGGCCCCCCCAGAGGAGGGGGAGGUGCUGUACACCCACGUCGUGGUCACCAAGAGGGCAGGGGGGGGAGGCGAUGGCUCAGAGCCAGGAGAGUGCGGUGAUGUGAAAGUGUGUGAACAGAGACGAUGGGUGAGGAGGGUGGUGGUGGUGCCCUCCGUCUUCGAAGAAGAAGAAGAAGAGGAAGAUGAUCUGUGUUCAAGAGACCCCUCGGCCCCAGGGGGUGAAAUUUGGGGGGGACAGGUGUCCCAAAAGGAGAGGGACUGUGCUCUUUUUGGAACUGGACAAAGCAUCCUUAAAGGGAAAAACCCUAGAAGCAGCUCUGGUCCAUGUGCAGUGGUGAGACCACUGGACAUGGAAGGAAGAGGUCACGAUGGCAAAUGUUCUCCGGACAGUGCCACACAUGACACGGAAACACGAGAAGUUUCGACUUUUUCCUGGGGAAGUCUGUGGUGCAAGAGGGACUCCUCUCUUCUUGAGGAAUUGAGAAUUGAUUAACUAAAGGGUGGUGAUGGAGUGAGAGUGGUGAUCUGAGGGGUGGUAACAGAAUUGGAAUUUUGGUGGGGGGAGGAGGAGGAAAUUUGGAAGGUUUUCAUCCUGUGUUCUGUGUGUUUUACCUUGUAGUU